CUCUAGUAGCAGUAGUAGCCAACAAAAUGGCUACCACGAAUGAUUCUAAGGCGCCUGUGCGCCAAGUAAAAAGAGUACAAUUUGGUAUAUUAUCUCCAGAUGAAAUCCGACGGAUGUCAGUCACAGAGGGUGGGAUUCGUUUCCCCGAAACCAUGGAGGGCGGUCGACCCAAGCUUGGCGGACUUAUGGAUCCGCGACAAGGGGUGAUCGAUAGGAGUUCCAGAUGCCAAACAUGUGCUGGAAAUAUGACUGAAUGUCCUGGACAUUUUGGACACAUUGACUUGGCCAAACCAGUUUUUCACAUUGGUUUUAUAACUAAAACUAUCAAAGUACUAAGAUGUGUUUGUUUUUACUGUUCAAAGCUGCUUGUUAGCCCAACUAAUCCAAAGAUAAAAGAAGUUGUUAUGAAAUCAAAAGGACAGCCUCGUAAGAGAUUGACAUAUGUUUAUGAUCUAUGUAAAGGCAAAAAUAUUUGUGAGGGUGGUGAAGAUAUGGAUAUAGGGAAAGAGGGUGAAGAGGGAAAAAGAGGUUCUGGCCAUGGUGGUUGUGGUCAUUACCAACCCUCCAUAAGAAGACAAGGUCUUGACCUCACAGCUGAGUGGAAGCAUGCAAAUGAGGACACUCAGGAAAAGAAAAUUAUUAUAACGGCUGAAAGAGUGUGGGAGAUACUUAAACAUAUCACAGAUGAAGAAUCCUUUAUACUUGGUAUGGACCCUAAAUUUGCCAGACCAGAUUGGAUGAUAGUAACAGUAUUGCCAGUUCCACCAUUGUCAGUACGACCCGCUGUAGUGAUGUUUGGCUCAGCCAAGAAUCAAGAUGACUUGACACAUAAACUUGCUGACAUAAUCAAAGCCAAUAAUGAACUAAUGAGAAAUGAACAGUCUGGUGCAGCAGCACACGUGCUUGCUGAAAACAUUAGAUUGCUACAGUUUCAUGUUGCCACAUUUGUUGAUAAUGAUAUGCCUGGUAUGCCAAAGGCUAUGCAAAAGUCAGGAAAGCCCCUCAAAGCAAUCAAAGCUCGUCUAAAAGGAAAGGAAGGUAGAAUCAGAGGCAACCUCAUGGGAAAACGAGUUGACUUUUCAGCUCGUACUGUCAUUACACCAGAUCCUAACUUGCGUAUUGAUCAAGUAGGAGUGCCAAGAUCCAUUGCUCAGAAUUUGACAUUCCCGGAACUGGUAACACCAUUCAACAUUGACAGGAUGCAGGAGCUUGUCCGUAGAGGCAAUGCACAGUAUCCUGGAGCGAAGUAUAUUGUAAGGGAUAAUGGAGAAAGAAUAGAUUUAAGGUUUCAUCCGAAGCCAUCUGACUUGCAUCUGCAACAUGGUUACAAAGUAGAACGCCACUUGAGAGAUGAUGAUCUAGUUAUUUUCAACCGACAGCCUACUCUUCACAAAAUGAGUAUGAUGGGUCACAGGGUAAAAGUACUUCCAUGGUCAACAUUCCGUAUGAAUUUAAGUUGCACAUCGCCUUAUAACGCCGAUUUCGAUGGUGAUGAAAUGAACUUGCAUGUACCUCAAUCAAUGGAAACAAGAGCAGAAGUUGAAAAUAUUCACAUAACUCCUAGACAGAUUAUCACUCCACAAGCAAACAAACCUGUUAUGGGUAUUGUACAGGACACACUGACAGCUGUCAGGAAAAUGACAAAGCGUGAUGUUUUCUUGACAAAAGAACAAGUCAUGAAUCUUCUUAUGUUCUUGCCAACAUGGGAUGGUAAAAUCCCACAGCCUUGCAUUUUGAAGCCCCAACCACUGUGGACUGGUAAACAAAUCUUCACCCUUAUUAUUCCUGGACCCGUGAAUAUGAUUAGAACACACUCAACACAUCCUGAUGAAGAAGAUGAUGGUCCAUAUAAGUGGAUUUCUCCUGGAGACACCAAAGUUGUUGUAGAACAUGGAGAGCUGCUCAUGGGUAUAUUGUGUAAAAAGUCACUUGGUGCCUCAGCUGGUUCCUUGCUACAUAUUUGCAUGUUGGAGUUAGGUCAUGAAACUGCUGGCCGCUUCUAUGGUAACAUUCAGACUGUAAUCAACAACUGGCUACUUUUGGAAGGCCACUCUAUCGGUAUUGGCGACACCAUUGCCGAUCCGCAAACAUACCAAGAAAUUCAGCGGGCCAUUGUAAAAGCCAAAGAGGAUGUCAUAGAAGUAAUUCAAAAAGCUCACAACAUGGAACUGGAGCCUACUCCUGGUAAUACUCUCAGACAGACAUUCGAGAAUCAAGUAAAUCGUAUUCUGAACGACGCUCGUGACAAAACUGGUGGAUCGGCUAAGAAAUCUCUCACUGAAUACAACAACUUAAAGGCUAUGGUGGUAGCUGGUUCCAAAGGAUCCAAUAUUAACAUCUCUCAGGUUAUUGCCUGUGUAGGUCAACAAAACGUUGAAGGUAAGCGAAUUCCGUUUGGUUUUCGUAAACGAACAUUGCCGCAUUUCAUCAAAGACGAUUAUGGUCCUGAGUCGAGAGGAUUCGUAGAAAACUCAUAUCUUGCUGGUUUAACUCCUUCCGAGUUCUACUUCCACGCCAUGGGAGGUCGUGAAGGUCUUAUCGAUACUGCCGUAAAAACUGCUGAGACUGGAUAUAUCCAACGUCGUUUGAUCAAAGCUAUGGAGUCUGUCAUGGUUCACUAUGACGGCACUGUUCGUAAUUCAGUCGGACAACUAAUUCAGUUGAGAUAUGGUGAAGACGGAUUAGCUGGAGAAACUGUAGAGUUCCAGAACUUACCAACAGUGAAACUAUCUAAUAAAGCAUUUGAAAAGAAAUUCAAAUUUGAUCCUUCCAAUGAGAGGUACUUAAAGAGGAUCUUUAGUGAAGACAUAAUCAAAGAGUUGACUGAAUCUGGAUACGUCAUUAGCGAUCUUGAAAGUGAAUGGGAACAACUUUGUAAGGACAGAGAGGUGUUGCGUCAGAUUUUCCCGAGUGGUGAAUCUAAAGUUGUAUUGCCUUGCAACUUCAAGAGAAUGAUUUGGAAUGCACAAAAGACUUUCCAUAUUAACAAACGUAUGCCGACGGAUCUGAGUCCUAUAAAAGUUAUUUCAGGUGUCAAAGACUUACUUAAAAAAUGCGUUAUUGUAGCAGGAGAAGAUCGCUUAUCUAAGCAAGCUAACGAAAAUGCUACUCUACUGUUCCAAUGUUUGGUCCGCUCUACUCUGUGCACUAAAUUCGUAUCUGAAGAAUAUCGUUUAUCAACUGUGGCAUUUGAAUGGCUGAUUGGAGAAAUUGAAACUAGAUUCCAACAAGCACAAGUAAACCCUGGCGAGAUGGUUGGUGCUCUCGCUGCACAGUCUCUUGGCGAGCCCGCUACUCAGAUGACAUUGAACACUUUCCAUUUUGCUGGUGUGUCGUCUAAAAACGUAACUCUGGGUGUACCACGACUUAAGGAAAUUAUCAAUAUAUCUAAGAAACCCAAAGCUCCAUCUCUAACUGUGUUCUUGACGGGUGGUGCCGCCAGGGACGCUGAAAAAGCUAAGAAUGUGCUAUGUAGAUUGGAACAUACAACGCUGCGUAAGGUGACUGCUAAUACUGCUAUUUACUAUGACCCGGACCCGCAAAAUACUGUAAUCGCCGAAGAUCAAGAAUUCGUUAAUGUUUACUAUGAAAUGCCUGAUUUUGAUCCUACGAAAAUUUCUCCAUGGUUGUUACGUAUUGAAUUAGACCGCAAAAGAAUGACUGACAAAAAGCUUACCAUGGAACAGAUUGCUGAAAAGAUUAACGCUGGAUUUGGUGAUGACUUAAAUUGUAUUUUCAAUGACGACAAUGCAGAAAAACUUGUAUUGCGUAUCAGGAUUAUGAAUAAUGAAGAAAGCAAAUUCCAAGAUAAUGAGGAAGAGACUGUUGAUAAAAUGGAGGAUGACAUGUUCUUGCGAUGCAUCGAAGCUAACAUGCUGUCAGACAUGACUUUACAGGGAAUAGAGGCUAUUGCCAAAGUGUACAUGCAUUUACCACAGACUGAAGCGAAAAAACGUAUUAUAAUUACAGAGCAAGGAGAAUUCAAGGCUAUUGCUGAAUGGUUAUUGGAAACUGAUGGUACAUCAUUGAUGAAAGUUCUUUCGGAAAGAGAUGUUGACCCCAUAAGGACAUUCAGUAACGAUAUUUGUGAAAUAUUCCAAGUUCUUGGAAUAGAAGCCGUGCGUAAGUCGGUAGAGAAAGAAAUGAAUGCUGUAUUGCAGUUCUACGGUCUCUACGUAAACUACCGUCAUCUUGCCUUACUUUGUGACGUAAUGACUGCUAAGGGUCAUCUUAUGGCCAUCACACGUCACGGUAUUAAUAGACAAGAUACCGGUGCACUUAUGAGAUGCUCCUUCGAGGAAACAGUUGACGUGCUACUGGAUGCUGCCAGUCACGCUGAAGUUGAUCCUAUGAGAGGCGUAUCCGAAAAUAUAAUCAUGGGCCAGUUGCCGCGUAUGGGAACUGGUUGUUUCGAUUUACUCCUUGACGCUGAGAAGUGUAAGCUCGGUAUGGAGAUGGGUGGUCUUGGCGUUGGCGGCGUCGGCGGCGGCAUGUACUUCGGCGUUGGUACUCCAUCCAUGACACCGCUUAUGACCCCGUGGUCUACUCAGAACACGCCUGGAUAUGGCAGCAGCGCAUGGUCUCCUGGUCAAGUGGGCAGCAGCAUGACUCCAGGUGGACCGUCCUUCUCGCCAUCUGGUGCAUCGGACGCCUCUGGUUUAUCCCCUGCUUACAGCGCGUGGUCGCCGCAGCCAGGCUCGCCGGGGUCGCCGGGGCCCCCGCUAUCGCCGUACACGUCUCCCGCCGGCGCAUCUCCCUCAUACUCACCAACAAGUCCUGUGUACGCGCCUGCCUCACCCAGCCUCACUCCAACGUCUCCACAUUAUUCGCCGACGAGCCCUUCGUACUCACCAACUUCACCAAACUAUUCCCCGACGUCUCCAAUAUAUUCACCGACUUCACCGAGCUAUUCUCCUACUUCACCUGGUUAUUCGCCAACGUCGCCAUCGUACUCUCCAACGUCACCUAGCUAUUCACCCACGUCACCAAGUUAUUCACCGACAAGUCCAGCAUAUUCACCGACUUCACCAAGCUACUCACCGACUUCGCCAAGCUAUUCUCCGACUAGUCCGUCUUAUUCUCCGACAAGCCCUUCGUAUUCUCCAACUAGUCCAGCUUAUUCACCGACGUCACCUGGGUACUCGCCAUCUUCUCCGAGUUACUCCCCGACUAGCCCCGUUUACAGUCCCGCUUCUCCUAGUUACUCGCCAUCAUCACCAAAUUACACCCCGACGUCACCGGGCUAUUCUCCAACAAGUCCAUCUUAUUCACCUACGUCGCCCGCAUAUUCUCCGACUUCGCCCAGUUACUCACCCUCGUCACCUAAAUAUUCUCCGUCACCGAACUAUUCACCGACAUCACCGUCCGUGGCAGGUGGCAGUCCUACAUAUUCCCCGACUAGUCCACAAUACUCCCCUACUAGUCACCAAUACUCCCCGACGAGCCCAGCCUAUUCGCCCUCGUCGCCACAGCACCCAGGUAGCACGCGCUACUCGCCAUCUUCACCCAACUAUUCUCCAUCAUCGCCAAAUUACUCUCCGUCAUCACCGGGAUAUUCUCCGUCGUCUUCAAAGUACUCGCCCACAUCGCCGACGUACACGCCUACUUCCCCCAACUAUUCACCGUCAUCCCCUGCGUAUUCCCCGUCAUCAGCGGGACCAACUUCCUACUCUCCUACUUCACCCUCGUACUCUCCUACAUCGCCUAAUUACGACGACGGUGACGAUUAAAUUAAUUAUUUUUGAU